AUGGGAAAAGAAACUUUGAAUGCUUACGCGAGUGAAGUAGUAGCCAUGACUACGAGCUUGCCGGAAUUCGAUGUUGGUGGCCGCACUGAAACUUUGAAUGCUUUACGUGAGUGUGUGGGUGCAACCAAUGACGUUGCAUGUGCUGGGGUAGCAAGGGAUCACGAUGGUGCAUUUGUAGAUGGUUUUAUGUUUAAAAUUGGGAGGGGAAAUAGUCUUCAUGCAGAGUUGUGGGCGGUGCUGUGGGGAUUAAAAAGAUCUUGGGAGUUGAUAUGGAAGAGGCUUAUUAUUGAGACUGAUUGUAUGGAAGUGAUUGAUUUAGUUGUAUCUGGCUGGCCUGAUUAUCAUCCGGAUUGGCACUUGCUAGAAGAGAUCAAAUGGUGGAUGGAUCGUGAAUGGGAUGUAAGGUUGGAUUGGUGCUCCAGAGAUGUCAACUUAGCUGCAGACACGUUGGCAAAGAAGCCAUUGUUAUCAGCUAAAGGGAUAAAUUUUUUCUGCACUCCUCCAAGAUGUAUUCAGAGCUUGGUCGGCACUGAUGCCAUUGUGUAG